AUGGCAAUGUCUCUCAUCCAAGCGUGCCGCAGUCUGGCUCUCUCAACAUGGCUGCUUUCCUUUUGUUUCGUGCAUCUGCUCUGCCUGGACUUCACUGUAGCGGAGAAGGAGGAAUGGUACACCGCCUUCGUGAACAUCACCUAUGCCGAUCCCGAGCCGGGGGCCGCGGUGGCGGGCGGCGGCGGCGGUGCCGAGCUGCACACGGAGAAGACCGAGUGCGGACGGUACGGCGAGCACUCGCCCAAGCAGGAUGCGCGCGGAGAGGUGGUCAUGGCCAGCUCGGCCCACGAUCGCCUGGCUUGCGACCCCAACACCAAGUUCGCCGUUCCGGCCCACGGCAAGCACUGGAUAGCUCUGAUCCCCAAGGGCAACUGCACCUACAAGGAUAAGAUCCGGAACGCGUUCCUGCAAAAUGCAUCGGCCGUGGUUAUCUUCAACGUGGGCUCCAACACCAACGAGACCAUCACCAUGUCCCACGCAGGUGUGGAAGACAUCGUGGCGAUAAUGAUUCCCGAGCCCAAAGGGAAGGAGAUCGUAAGCCUGCUGGAGAGGAACGUCACCGUGACCAUGUCCAUCACCAUCGGGACGCGGAACUUGCAGAAAUACGUGAGCCGCACGUCAGUUGUGUUUGUGUCUAUCUCCUUCAUCGUGCUCAUGACCAUCUCUCUCGCGUGGCUGGUCUUUUACUACAUCCAGAGGUUUCGCUAUGCAAAUGCCAGGGACCGGAACCAGCGCCGACUGGGAGACGCAGCAAAGAAAGCCAUCAGCAAGCUCCAGGUCAGGACCAUCAGGAAGGGCGACAAGGAGACAGAGUCUGAUUUUGAUAACUGUGCAGUAUGCAUCGAAGGGUACAAGCCCAACGAUGUGGUCAGGAUCCUGCCCUGCCGGCAUCUUUUCCACAAGUCCUGUGUUGAUCCCUGGCUUCUAGACCAUCGCACCUGUCCCAUGUGCAAGAUGAACAUUCUUAAAGCCCUAGGGAUCCCGCCCAAUGCCGACUGCAUGGACGACUUGCCGAUUGAUUUUGAGGGCUCCCUGGGAGGCCCACCCACCAAUCAGAUCACAGGCGCCAGUGACACGACGGUGAACGAGAGUUCAGUCACUUUGGAUCCUGCGGUGAGGACAGUGGGAGCCCUGCAGGUGGUCCAGGACCCUGAGCCUGCGCCCCAGGAGGGAGAAGCCAUCUUUACAACAAACGGUGAUCAAGAGCCAGCAGUGAGUAGCGACUCCGACAUCUCAUUGAUCAUGGCCCUGGAAGUGGGACUGUCUGAUGUAGAACUUUCCACUGACCAAGACUACGAAGAGGUGAAAUCUUGA